AUGUUUUGCUGUCAUCAGUCAUCAAAUCAGCUGUGUAUCACACACUGGGAACAUGUAACACAACAAAUAGACAUGGCGCGUCGGAGGAGCAGCGGUAUCACAAGCCUGGGGUUUAACCAGGACCAAGGCUGCUUCACUUGCUGCCUAACAUCUGGCCUACGUGUUUACAAUGUGGAUCCCCUUGUUGAGAAGGCGCACUAUAGCAAGGAGGAACUCGGCGAGGUGUCACUCUGCGAGAUGGUUUUUCGCACGAACUGGCUGCUGGUGGUUCGAGCGAGGCGCCCUUGCUGCCUCAUGCUGCUGGACGAUCAGCGGCGGAGUUUCCGGGCGGAGGUGAUGUUCAAGUCGCCGAUACGAGCGCUGAGAGCGAGGAAGGACAAGGUCGCCGUGGUGCUCUCGUCCAGCAUCCAGGUGCUGUCUCUGCCGUCGCUGCAGCGCGUGGCACUGCUUCGGACCCCUGCCGCCAGCAGACCGCUCUGCGCCCUCGCCACGGACGCGAACGCCGCGCAGGUCCUAGCUGCGCCCGCGCAUCGAAAGGGCUCCUUGCAGCUGCUCGAUGUGUCAAGGGCGGUGAAGGGUGCCCAGUCCAGCUCGCCGGCGGUGGUCAGUUGCCACCAAAGUGACCUUGUGUGCCUCAGCUUAGCGCCCAGUGGCGCCAAACUGGCCACGGCGUCAAAAAGGGGAACCAUAAUCCGCCUCUGGGACACAAGCACCAAGCAGAUGCUGCACGAGCUGAGGCGCGGGUCGGACUAUGCGGACGUCUAUUGCAUAAACUUCAACCCGGAGGGGUCGCUGGUGUGCUGCGUAUCGGACAAGGGGACGCUGCACGUGUGGACCGCUCGCGGCGCGUGCCGCCAUCUUUGCUCCGCCGCAGCGCCGCCCCAGCGCGCCCUCUGCGCUUUCAGCGACGACCGCACCGCCGUUGUGAUAUGCGAAGAUGGAACCUUUCAUAAGUUCACCUUUUCAACCGAAGGUAACUGCCAUAGAAGUGAUUUUGAAUAUUUUCUGCAGGUUGGUGACGACGACGAAUUUCUGCAU